AUGAGCAUCACGGGCCAGUUAGAACCAGGUACGGAUGUUCGGGGGAUUUCCGGGAGUAAACAAUGCCUUCUGAUUGUGUCGAUGUCAAUUGAUCCUUCUGUUUCUUUAUUGAAGAAUCGUUGGGUUUUGCCACAGAAGUUUGCGAAGGAGCAUCCCGACGAGCAGGGAGAACUACCGCUCCUCGACACCUUCCAGUCUCAUUGGGAAACCAAUGAGAUGGAUCAGGCAAUAGAGGAAGCGAGCGCUCUUCAUGAUUGUUUGGAAGUCGCUCCCAAACUUCUACCGCCAUCAGAAGUUAUUUCGCGUUUUACUCCUUGUGUUCAUGAUGUUUUUUCCGUGGCUGGCUCCUCUUCUCAUUCUUCCUUAGUACAACAGUUAGUUUCCUCACAAGAUUCUAAUUCGCCUUAUCGUUCGAUAGUAGACGCUCCGGUGAGUGGACGCACUCAGUUGGAAGGUAUUGAGGACAGUCCACCAGGUCCCAAUACAUCUACUUCGCUCGAUCCCCCAAAAUCUGCAAGUACUGCUGGAGCUCCGCAGCAAUUGCAGCCUGUGAAUAAUACCCCUUCAACCAAUCCCCACGCUCUUACUAUCCUCCCUCUAGUACAAUCCCAACAACAAUCGGCCCCGGAAAACAACUUUUAA